UCUUCUUCACAACUUUACUAUGGUUAUUCAAUCUCCUCUUCCACCUAUCAAGGAGCCUCAAGUGGGUCUCAUUCAAUUCUUAUUUGCUAAUACAAACAAUACACCUGAAGAUCGAAAGAUGCUCAUUGAUGCGUCUACUGGUAAAAGUUUAACUUUAAGAGAGUUAAAGGACGCCGUACUACGCUUUGCUGCUGGUCUUCAGGACAAGUAUAAUUUCAAAAAGGGUGAUACAGUAGCCAUUUAUUCUCCAAACCAGUAUGAUUAUUCAGUACCUUUUUUCGGUAUUAUUGCAGCAGGCGGCGCUGCUAGUCCUGCAAAUCCAAGCUAUACAGCGCGAGAACUUGUCUAUCAAAUGGAAACUAUUAAAGCUAAAAUACUUCUCACUCAUGAGAGCAACCUUAAUAUCGCAUUAGAAGCUGCUCAACAAGUUGGCUUACCUAAAUCAAACAUCCUUUUGUUUGGUGAUAAAGCCAUUGAUGGUGUGCUUACCUAUAAACAAGUUUUGCUCGGUAACAGGCAUGCUGUCCUCCAAGAUCUUACGCCAGAAGAGACAAAGGAUGCCGUUGCUUGUCUUUGCUUCUCAUCCGGUACUACAGGCAAGAGCAAGGGUGUCAUGACAACUCAUGCCAAUAUGGCUGCCAAUGUCUUGCAGUACUGUAUGCUCGAAGAAAAAUUUGUCAGUGGCAACCAUGAUCGCAUGUUGGCUACAAUUCCAUUUUACCACAUUAUGGGCCUAUCACUCAUGCUUCAUGUCGCACUCUAUUUGGGAAUUCCUGUGCAUAUCAUGUCCAAGUUUGACUUAUCCCAGUUUUGUGAAACGAUUCAGAGAGAAAAGAUCACCUUCACUAUCAUUGCUCCACCCAUCGUUGUCCUUUUGGCAAAGAACCCUGUCAUCGAUAACUAUGACCUAUCUUCUCUCCGUCUUGUCAUCUGUGGUGCAGCUCCUCUUAGUGGAGAUCUUUCUAAACAGGUCAGACAGCGCUUACCUAAAUUAAAGAUCAAGCAAGGAUAUGGUCUUACCGAAACUUCUCCAUGUGCAAUUAUUGAGCCAACAGACCGAAUCAUUGACGGCUCUGUCGGUGUUCUUGUGUCUAAUAUGACAGCUAGAAUUGUGGAUGAUAAUGGCAAAGAUGUUCCUCUGGGUGAGCGUGGAGAAUUAUGGUUAAAGGGCCCAAAUGUGAUGAAGGGUUAUAUCAACAACCCUCAAGCGACUGCAGAAUGUAUUGAUUCUGAAGGCUAUUUCCAUACAGGCGAUAUCGCAGUUCAAGACAAGAACGGUCAUUUCUAUAUCGUUGAUCGUAUUAAAGAAUUGAUCAAGUUUAAGGGAUUCCAGGUUCCACCAGCUGAAUUAGAAGCCCUACUGCUUAAAUCACCUAUUGUAGCUGAUUGCGGUGUCGUUGGCGUUUAUAAUGAUGAGCUUGCUACUGAAGUGCCUCGAGGUUAUGUUGUAUUGAAACCUGGUGUUCCUGCUACUGAACAAACAGCUAAUGAGAUCAAAAAGUAUAUUGCUGGUAUGGUCGCCUAUUAUAAGCAACUGCACAGUAUUGUCUUUGUAGAUGAGAUUCCUAAAAACCCUAGCGGAAAAAUUCUUCGUCGUAUCUUGCGUGAUGCCGCGGCUACAGAAGCCAAAUCAAAGGCAAAGCUUUAAUAAAGAGAAAAACAAAAUUAUAGUAUAGAAUAACCACUUUACGUGAUAUGGACAAGUUUAAUGGCUUCGCAUAUGACUCACAUCUUUAGCCCAAAAAAAAAAAAGAAAACUGACGUGUUUGAUGAGAUAAUCAU